UUUUUGUUGGGAUGAGUAGAUUAGUUGCUGGACUCCAUAGAUGCACAGAAAGAAAUUGCUCUACUGCCAAGGAGAUAUUCCCAUGAAUAACCCUAAAAACUAGAUCUGGCGGUUGACUUGUUUUUCUUUUGGUGAAGAGAGAGUAAGUUGUAGAGAAUGGCUGAGGCAAUUGUUUCCUUUGUGCUCCAAAGGGUCGGAGACUUCACCACUCAGGAAGCAAAGUUCUUGUCUGGAGUCAGCCAUCAAGUUGAGGUUUCACAAACUGAGCUACAGUUGAUGCAGGGAUUCUUGAAAGAUGCAGAUGCAAGACAAGGAGAAGAUGCAAGAGUCCAGAUUUGGGUUGCCAAGAUUAGAGAUGCUGCCUAUGAUUUGGAAGAUGUUAUUGAAACUUAUGGCUUGAAAGUGGCUUCCAAGAAGAAAACAGGUAUGAAGAAUGUUCUUAAAAGAUUUGCCUGCAUCUUCAAGGAACGGCUUGAUCUUCGCAAGAUUGGGGCAGAAAUUGAGAACAUUACUGCUAAAAUUUCUAAUUUGAGGAUGAGUUUGCAAAGCUAUAACAUUGUAAGGGAAACAAGAGAGAUUGGAGGUGCAUCUUCUUUGCAAUCAUUUGAGAGACAACAACAACUAAGGCGAACUUAUUCUCAUGUUAUUGAACGUGAUGUUGUUGGGAUAGAAGACAAUGUAAAGGAAAUAGUCACACAUUUGGUGAAGGAAGAAAGUUGCCUCCGAGUUGUUUCUAUUUGGGGUAUGGGUGGUGCAGGGAAAACCACACUUGCAAAACAGAUUUAUCAUCACAAAGAAGUUAGGUGUCAUUUCAAUAGUUUUGCUUGGGUGUGUAUAUCUCAACAGUAUCAAGUAAGAGAUGUUUGGGAAGGCAUUUUAUUUAAACUCAUUUCUGCCACCAAGGAACAGAGAGAAGAAAUUGCAAAAAUGAGGGACUAUGAAAUAGCCAAGAAGCUUUUUCGCGUCCAGCAAGGAAAGAGAUGCUUGGUUAUACUUGAUGACAUUUGGAGCAUUGAGACAUUUAACUCUUUGAAAGCUGCAUUUCCAUUAACAUGUGAGGAAACACAAAGCAGAAUUUUACUUACAACACGCAAUGAAGCAGUGGCUUUGCAUGCUGAUAGAAAUGGUUUUCUCCACCAACCCCAGGCACUAAAUGAAAUCAAAAGUUGGGAACUAUUUGAGAAGAUAGCAUUAUUUGGAAGGGUUGAUAAAGAUUCUGGAGUUUACAUAAAGAUGAAAGAACUCGGAAUGGAGAUGCUUCGACACUGUGCAGGUUUGCCAUUAGCCAUCACUGUGCUUGCCGGAGUUCUAGCAAGAAAAAACACCGUUAACGAGUGGAUUACAGUGCAUGCAAAUGUUUAUGUAUACAUAAGGAGAGGCAUAGGUCCUGAAGAAGAAUAUGCAGGUGCUUCAUGGGUAUUGGCAUUGAGUUAUGAUGACUUACCUUAUCACUUAAAACCAUGCCUAUUGUAUUUAGGCCAUUUUCCUGAAGAUUUUGAGAUUCCGGUGAAAAGAUUGACCCAAUUAUGGAUGGCGGAAGGUCUCGUCUCACUGACACAAGGACAAGGUUUAGGGGAAGCAAUGGAGGAUAUAGCGUACCAUUGCUUAAGUGAGUUGAUGAUAAGGUGUGUGGUUCAAGUUGGAGAAACGGGUUCAAUUGGUACGAUUAAAACUUGUCGAAUCCAUGAUCUUGUAAGAGACUUGUGUUUGUCAAAGGCGGAAGAGGAGAACUUUCUCCAAGUUGUGAAUUCUUCACAGAGAAACGAGGCAAUCAGUCCUUUUUCUUCUUCUAUGGUAACCAAGGCAGCACCAUUGGGGAAAGUUCGAAGACUUGCCAUCUACUUGAAUGAGAAUCAUACGUUGGUUCCAUCAAGAUAUGAGAAAGAUGACCACCUUAGAUCUCUCUUAUACUUUGGCUUAAAAGAAUGGAGGGGACAAUGUAAAAGAUUGAUACUUACCAUGUUCAAGGAUUUCAAAUUACUUAGAGUUUUGAAGGUUGAAGGUAUGAACAGAGAAGCAGAGUUGCCAAGUGAAAUUGGAAAUAUGGUCCACUUAAGGUUUUUAAGCCUGAGGGGAAGUAAUAUAAAACGGAUUCCUGCAUCUCUGGGUAACUUGAUAUGCUUGCAAACUCUAGAUCUUCGAGUUGAAGAUAGUUGGCUGUUCAUCCCAAAUGUCAUAUGGAAGAUGAAACACGUAAGACAUUUAUAUUUGCCCUUUUUUCAUCGGCUCCGAGUAUGCAGUAAACUGAAAAUUUCUACGCUUCACAACUUACAGACUUUAUAUCCUGUUUCAAGCUCCAAUUGUGAUUUGAAUGAUCUUACUGGUCUAACAAAUCUUAGAAAACUGAGUAUAACGCUGUCAAGCCCCUUAGAAAAUCUGGAGGAAAUCUUGAAAUCUACUGGCAGCACGCUUAACCAUAUACGGUCUCUAUUUGUGUACACUGAUUUGGCAGUCACUGGUUCUACAGAGCAAGUUACGCAAAUAGUAUCAAGUUGUCGUCAUAUAUACAAACUGAAGCUGGAAGGGCCGACCGCAGAAUUACCGAGAGAGCUCCAUUGCUUUCCCAACCUCACCAAGUUAACACUGCGUCGCUUCUUUCUCAAGGACGACCAAAUGGGAAUUAUAGAGAAGCUGCCAAACCUAACAACUCUGAGGCUUGAACAAAACACUUUCAACAAGGAUGCAAAGAUAUUGGUUUUUUCCAAAGGAGGCUUUCCUCAUCUUCAAUUUCUUUCACUUUUUCACAUGUCUGAAGUAAAAGAGUGGAGGGUGGAGGAAGGAGCCAUGCCUAGUCUCCGCCGACUGAGCAUUAAAUAUUGCAACGGAUUGACGACAAUUGUAGAUGGGCUGAGAUAUCUUACUACUCUCAGGGAAUUAAGCAUUGAAGGGAUGUCAAGUACAUUCCAGAGUAAGCUUAAGGCAGGAGGAGAGGAUUUCCACAAAAUCCAACAUGUCACUUCCCUUGUAUUUGGGUUUGUAGAUGCUCUGUGUGUUGGUGUUGAUCUUCUAAAUGGAAUGAGUACUGAGUUUGCAUUAUCCUACUGUACUAGCAGCUGGGACUUGCAUGACAUGGGGAAAAUAUAUAUUUGCAGAUGAAGCUGAUGACCAAGCAAAUUGUUCAGGAGAAGAAAGAAAAGGUUGACAGGUUGAAUUGUGCAAGACAUGUGAUGUGAAAUGGAAUCAGCUGAGUUUGCUGAUGGUUACUUGGAGCUCAAUGGAAAUCUACGUUUUAUGGCGUAUUUCAAUGUUCGGCGAAAAUUGAAAGUUUUGGGGUCAAUGUUUGCCUGGAAUCAUUCAGUUGUUUGGUGUAUAUAUACAGCAUUCUUUUUGUGGCAAUUUAGAGUUGUUUCUUUGCGUUAAUGCAAUUAUAAAUUUGAAAACAAGAAAUAUACUGCAGCAAAGAGUUUCCCUUGUUUUUUUUUUUUUGGGGGUCAAAGUGCUUCCCCUGUAUUUUGGAGGGAAUGUGUUCAUGCAAAUUUGAUUGUAAUUAUGAAGCUGUAAAAGCACAGGCCUUCGGCCUUUUUUUUAAUUAAUUUUUUCCCCAUUUUUUGUUUGUUUAA